AUGCUGGCAGACGGCUCUGUGGUGACUUGGGGCGAUCCUCACUGGGGUGGUGACAGCAGCCAGGUGAAGAAUCAGUUGGCGCGGGUCCAGCAGAUCCAAGCAACUGAGGAGGCUUUUGCAGCUAUCCUGGAGGAUGGCAGUGUGGUGACUUGGGGCGAUUCUGAUUGGGGUGCUGACAGCAGUCAGGUGGAGGCGCAGUUGGCGAGGGUGAAGUGCAUCCAAGCCACUCACUUUGCCUUUGCUGCGAUUCGUUUGGACGGUUCCGUGGUGACUUGGGGCAUUCCUGACUAUGGCGGUGAUAGCAGCCAGGUCCAAGAGCAGUUGGUGGGCGUCCAGAAGAUCCAAGCAACAAGGGCAGGUGCUUUUGCUGCCAUUUUGGCAGACGGCUCUGUGGUGACUUGGGGAAAUGCUGAAGGUGGCGGUGACAGCAGCCAGGUGCGUGCGCAGUUGGUGGGCGUUCAGCAGAUCCAAGCAACGAGGGCAGGUGCUUUUGCUGCCAUCUUGGCAGACGGCUCUGUGGUGACUUGGGGCCAUCCAUACUUUGGCGGUGACAGCAGCCAGGUAAGGGAGCAGCUGGUGAGGGUCCGGCAGAUCCAAGCAGCUGAUCGUGCUUUAGCUGCCAUCCUGGAGGACGGCUCCGUGGUAACUUGGGGUGAUCCAUCCUGGGGCGGUGACAGCAGCCAGGUGCGAGAGCAGUUGGCGCGGGUGCAGCAAAUCCAAGCAACUGCGCAGGCUUUCGCUGCCAUCAUGGACAAUGGCUCUGUGGUGACGUGGGGUGAAUCUUCAGGUGGCGGUUACAGCAGGCAGGUGCAGGAACAGCUGGUGCGCGUCCAGCAGAUCCAAGCAAGUGCCUAUGCUUUUGCAGCCAUUCUGGACACAGGCUCCGUGGUGACUUGGGGCAACCCUGAAUAUGGCGGAGACAGCAGCCAGGUGCGUGCGCAGUUGGUGGGCGUCCAGCAGAUCCAAGCAACUGACCGUGCUUUUGCUGCCCUCCUGGAGGACGGCUCUGUGGUGACGUGGGGCCAUCCAUACUAUGGCGGUGACAGCAGCCAGAUUCAGACUCAACUCGACCGCGUGUGA